GAAAAAAUACAUUUUCAUUACAUUUUACAAUAUUAGUGUUUUACAUAAACACAGCCUUGGUGAGCAUGAGAGACUUAUUUUAAAAACAAUGGAAAAAUAUAUAUAUAUAUUUAUUUCAAAAUGUUGUAUGCUAUUCCAAAGAUUGCAUCCUCCAUUUAAAAAACCUAUCGUCCAAAGAUGUCAGAAAACCCAAAAACAAAUAACUGUUUGGCAGAAAGCACCUCAAAGUCAUCUAACUAAGCAAUAGCUUCAGACGGUCAUCUUUUUUUUUUUUUUUUUUUUUUUUACAAAGGACAUCUCAGGACACCUUUUUCAGUAAUCUGUCCGGUAGUAGGGACAUUUGCAACAUGCUAAACAAUCUCUUAAGGGGGAAAAAUACUUCCAAGACCAAACAAGUUAGCACAGUGUAAGCAAAUCAGAAGAGAAAAAUCCAUGUAAGUCAAUGUGAGAUUUUUGAAAUGCAAUCUUAUAUUUGUUAAAGUGUUCUCACAAACAUUUAUGAAAGCUAACCUGAUUUGCUACAUACAAUGCAUGUUUUCAUUUCAAAUUAGUCCAAGAUAACAUUUAUUAGAAUGUAAAGUUCUUAUGAUUAUGUCUUAGGUCUUUGUUGAGUGCCAAUAAAAUGUAUAGAAAUAUCCACUGAUUGUAAGAUGUAUGAACUUUACAUUAAAUGUAUUAAAAAAAUACUUUCCAUUAAUUCCAUGUCAUUUAUUGUGUGUGAGUCUAAGUAACUUAUCAAGAGUUAGAUAAAGCCACACAAACCACAAAAAGUGUGUGCGUAAGUAUAUCUUGCUUUUAUGGAGAGUGAGAGGGCGGGUUCAUGAGAGGCUAACCAGUCAUCAGGAAGCAAAACAGAACAGAAUGUGCAGUACUAAUCUGGGAGGAAAAACACAUUCUGUGCCGUGUGUGGUAACAUAAAUUCAAAUUGUCUUGCAUACAAAUAGCCUACACAUGGAACAUAAGAAUGAGGAAAAUAUAUAUUGGUUUCUCAAAGGGAUGCUUUUUGUUUAGAUAUUACAUAAAAAAACAGCAAUGAAUAUAAAUGACAAAACACCAGAAGAGUUGAGGAAUGAUAAGGUUGGGUGAGGUAGAUGUAAACAUGCAUACUUAGUGAUCUGCCCAGUGAGGCAAAAAAGCCAGUCAAAAUAAAGCCAGUCAGUGAAAUGCUCUUUAAUUAUGUUACAUAACUCCCCUGGUUUUUGCUUAAUCCAAAACAAGGGCUGAACUUUUGCCCCCAAGAUUUAGGCUAAAUGAGUUGUUGAUGGUCUAACACCCGGAUCUCUAUGACACAUUAUUUUGCUAAUCAAAGGGGUUAUAAUAUUACUUCUCAUAUCACCAAAAGUAACAAAAAUAAUAAUAAUAAUUUAGUUGUUUUUUUUAAAUAUAUAUAUUUGUAUUUCAUUCUUUCUUUUCUCCCCAAAACAAUAUGUAAUGAUUUUAAUCAAAUACAUUGUAGCCUACAUAUAAAAUAUAACAGAGAAAUAUAAAAAAUAAGUAGGUAUACAUACCUAUAUAUGCUAAAACAAGUAUUGAACAUAUGAAUACAAAUAUAUAAUUAAUUUGUUGAUGUUAACAACCAAUGAAAACAAUGUUGAGUGUUCUCCGAAGUCGUUCUGCGAUAGCUUCAUUCACUAUAACGUACAAGGAACGAAAAGCAUUUUAGGUGUGCAGUUGAGUCUGGGUUUGGUGAAGAUAUGGGAGACCCUUCCCUAAGCCGGGACUGCCCACUGGAUUGUAAGGUCUAUGUUGGCAAUUUGGGCAACAGUGGUAACAAAACUGAGUUGGAGAGAGCAUUUGGCUAUUAUGGUCCCCUGAGGAGCGUGUGGGUGGCAAGAAAUCCUCCCGGCUUUGCUUUUGUGGAGUUCGAGGACCCCAGAGAUGCAACUGAUGCUGUGAGGGAGCUUGACGGAAGAACACUUUGUGGUUGUCGAGUGAGAGUUGAAAUGUCCAGUGGUGAAAAACGGACAAGGUAUCGAGGACCACCCCCUUCUUGGAAUCGUCGCCCUCGUGAUGAUUCUAGACGCCGCAGCCCACCCCCUAGACGCCGGUCUCCUAGGAGGCGGAGCUUUAGUCGUAGUCGGAGCAGGUCCCUUUCCAGAGAGAGGAGAAGAGAGAGGUCUUUGUCCCGCGAUAGAAACUAUAAACCGUCAAGGUCUUUCUCAAGAUCACGCAGUCGUUCACGUUCCAAUGGUCGGAAGUGAGAAAUGUCCAAGGCCAGCCUCAUCAGAGAAAGCAUGUCUGUGCGCACCUCCUCAACAGACUAGGAUGAAUGAAAACAGUGAUGGAUAUUUUUUUUUUUAUUAUUUUUUUUUUUUGCCCCCAGUCUUUUAUAAAAUAUAUCUUCCCCAUAGUGUUCUGACUAUCCUUUUUUAUUUAAGAUAUCUGUGCUUAAUGGGUAGCAAUGGUUUCAUCCUGCCUAAAUGCCUGAAUGUAAUUUUAUGCUCUUUGGGCAGUGAAAAAUUCUGAAUGGAAUAACUCAUGUCUGACUUAGAUGGUAAUUUGAAACCAGUUUUGUAUUAUUUUUUUGUUUGUACUUCCAUUAAAAUAAGUUCCUUAUGAA